AUGGGUGGUGAUUUAAAUUUAAAGAAAUCAUGGAAUCCUGCUUUGAUGAAAAAUCAGCAAAAAGUGUGGGAAAAAGAACAAGAAAAACUUAAAGAAUUAAAAUUAAUUAAACAAAAAAAUCAGGAAUUUGAAAAAGAAAAAGAAUAUUUAGAUUUAUUAAAAUUACAAUAUGGUGAUGAAUUUGAUAGAUCAAAGUUAAGUAAAGAUGAAAAAUUAAAAAUAUCUAAAUUGAAUUGGAUGUAUAAUGAUUUACCUUUUGAACCAACUGAAGAAAUAAAAGAUGAAGAAUCAAAUGGUUUUAUACAAUCAAAUCAAGAAUUUGUUGAAGGUAAAACAAAAGUUGAAAAUUUAUUAAACGGUAGUAGAAGUUUUAAAAGAGAAGCUGAAAAAUCAAAUGAUAGAAUUAAUAAGAUUAUAAAUAGUGGAACUAAAAAGUUAAAUAAUGAUUAUUCAGAUGAUCCAUUAUUAAAAAUUAUGCAACAACAAAAGAACAAAUCAAAAACAAAAACAAAAUCAGAAUCAGAAUCAAAAUCAAAAUCAAAAUCAAAAUCUAAUCAAAGUAAAGUGAAUAAACCGAGACAUAGACAUAAGAAAUAA